AUGCUCUUCGACAAAGCCACAGACCUCACAAUCACCGCCGCAGACCCUACCGCAGCUCUCACCUUGAUGAGCGCCGAUAUCGAACGAAUCGACAUGGGCUGGCGUACCGCCCACGAUCUAUGGGCGAACCUCGUCGAGAUUGGCAUUGCCAUUUACCUACUCGAGCGUCAGCUGGGGAUAGCCUGUCUAAUACCCGUCGCGACGGCGCUUGUAUCAAUCGUCGGCUCCAUCAUCGCUGUGAGCUUUGUCAUGGCGCGCCAAGCAAUGUGGCUCGAAGCCAUCGGAAAACGCAUCGCUGUGACGUCCCAAAUGCUGGGCGCCAUGAAAGGGGUCAAGAUGUGUGGCUUGACUAGUGUCCUCGAAGCGCGGAUCUCGUCCAUGAGAGAUGAUGAGCUGCACAUCUCUGGCAAAUUUCGAAGACUUCUGAUUUGGAACAUGGGACUUGCUUACCUUGCCCCCAUCCUUGCCCCUAUCUUCACUUUCACAGCGUAUAGUCUCCUAGCUCGUAAUCAGGGUGAUGGGGGUACUCUAGAUACAAACCGUGUCUUCACAUCCCUUUCCUUGUUUGCGCUUCUUCAAGAGCCCCUCACCUCCUUCGUCACGUCUCUGUCUUCCUUCGUUGGAUCCAUUGGGUGUUUUUCUCGCAUCCAGGCCUUCUUGGAGUCCGAUGUCCGCAGCGACCAGAGGCUGGUUCAUGACACUUCCAACAGUGGGAGUAGCUCGUCGCAAUCUACUCUAUUCAAAAAGAGUAAUGAGAAAUCGGCUCAAGAAACGGACGUGGACAAGGCUGGUGAGGCACAAGGAGGAUCACCCACAAGAGAAAAUGAUGUGACCAUCAAAAUUCAAGAUGGUGCUUUUGGCUAUGCCUCGGAUAAGGAUCCCAAUCUGACCGACAUCAGCAUCGAGGUGCCAUCCUCCCAGUUUACAAUGGUCGUCGGUCCAGUCGGUAGCGGCAAGUCUACGCUGCUCAAGGCUAUACUGGGAGAAGUAGCCCUCAUGGCCGGCAACGUCCACAUCAUGGGCUCCGAAAUUGCGUAUUGUGACCAGACCCCGUGGCACAUGAAUGGUACUGUACGCGCCAGUAUCAUUGCCUUUUCUCCCGUGGAUGAGCGCUGGUAUGAGCAGGUCUUGCAGGCAUGUGCGUUGACACAAGACUUUCGCCAACUCCCCAAAGGUGACCAGACCACCAUUGGCAGCAAAGGCAUUGUCUUGAGUGGAGGCCAGAGUCAAAGAAUUAGCUUGGCAAGAGCUGUGUACGCGCGCAAGUACACCAUCAUCCUCGAUGAUGUUUUCAGCGGCUUGGACGCUCAUACCGAGAACGUUGUCUUCCAUAACCUUCUUGGCAGCAAGGGUCUUCUGAGGCGGUCGAGUACGACUGUCGUCGUUGCCUCCUCACGAUCCAACCGUCUUUCCUAUGCCGACUACAUCAUCUGCCUCGACGGCACUGGCAAAGGAUGCGAGCAAGGGACCUUCCAAGAGCUAUCCGCUUCGGAGGGCUACGUUUCUCAAUUGCUUGUUACAUCGGCGGAUUGGACACGCCCCUCUGCGACUGAUCCUCAGGACGAGGAUUCAGCCGUCAAGCAUGAACUCGCUCAACUCGAAGAAGAGAAAGACGAGGCUGGCCGUCGGACUGGCGACAUUGCCAUCUACACAUACUACAUCCGCGCCAUUGGAUGGCUCCCCACGUUUAUCUUCAUCUUUGCCAUCUGUGCCUUUAUCUUUUGCCAGUCCUUCCCCACCAUCUGGCUCAACUGGUGGGCAGCAGCGAAUGCGGAAGAGCCACACCAACGCCUCGGCUACUACCUUGGAAUAUAUGCCAUGCUGGGCGGACUAGCUCUCAUUUUCCUGGUCGUCAGCUGCUGGCAGAUGAUUGUCACAAUGGUCCCAUUGUCAGGCAAGAACUUCCACUCCAAUCUCCUGAAGACGGUGCUCAACGCACCCAUGUCCUUCUUCGCUGCCACGGAUGCUGGAGUCACAAUCAACCGCUUCAGCCAGGAUUUGCAACUUAUUGACAUGGAUCUCCCCAUUGCAGCACUCAAUACCUUUGCUACCUUUGUUCUUUGUAUCGCGCAGCUUGCACUCGUGGCCGUUGGCUCGUACUACACUGCCAUCGCAUUCCCGUUCUUGUUUGCUGCGCUCUGGCUGGUGCAGCAUGUUUACCUUCGAACGUCUCGCCAACUACGUUUUAUGGAUCUGGAAGCCAAGAGCCCUCUGUAUGCAUUGUUCACCGAAUCCGUCACCGGGUUGGCGACCCUGCGCGCCUUUGGCUGGCGUGGUGCUCUGGAGGACAGGCUCUACAAUCUCUUGGACCGUUCCCAAAGGCCAUUUUACCUACUGUACGCUGUUCAAAGAUGGCUGACGUUGGUCCUCGACAUGUUCGUCGCAGGCAUCGCUGUGCUUCUGGUUUUUUUGAUCACGCAGCUGCGUGGUGUCUUGCCUCCCGGGCUCAUCGGCGUUGCGCUCGUCAACGUCAUCUUGUUCAGUCAGAAUCUGAAGCUUUUGUUGAUGUUCUGGACCAAUCUUGAGACCCAUAUUGGUGCCAUCUCUAGGAUCAAGUCAUUCACUACUCACACUAAGUCGGAGCACGAGGUGCAGGAGACGGAGGUUCCUCCGCCAACUUGGCCAUCACAGGGGGGUGUCGAGUUCGAAAACGUCUCUGCAGGCUACAAUGGUAAAAGCUCAAUGGUUUCGUGCCUCUUCCGCAUGAUCGACAUCCACGAAGGCCGGAUCACCGUGGACAAUAUCGACAUCACAACCAUCCCAAGAGAAGAUGUCCGCACGCGCUUGGUCGGUGUGCCACAGGACGCCUUUCUUAUCGACGGCAGUAGCGUGCGACUCAAUGCAGAUCCGGCUGAGAAGCUAUCGGACGCGGCCGUCGAGGAUGCCCUGCAACUCGUGGAGCUGUGGGACAUUGUGGCCAGCAAAGGCGGCCUCGACACACCGAUUGACGACUUGCAUCUCUCCCAUGGUCAGAUGCAGCUGUUCUGCAUUGCUCGUGCGAUGCUGCGUCCCUCGCCUAUCAUUGUUCUUGACGAGGCCACCAGCAGCGUCGAUGCACACGCAGACGAUCUUAUACGACGGGUUAUGAAGGAGAGAUUCUCCAAUCAUACAAUCCUCUCCAUUGUGCACAAGCUCGAGUCCGCUCUUGACGAUUUCGACCUAGUGGCAGUCCUAGACGCCGGUGUGCUCGUCGAGUUCGGGCCCCCUCGGGAGCUACUGCAGCAAGGCGUGGACAAAUCUCCAUUUGCCGCGCUCUACGAGAGCUUGUCCUCCAAAGUUCAGAGUGUCAGAGAUAGAGUUGUAGCAAGGACAGAGGAUGACACCAUUUCGCCGCUUUCUUGA